CUGGACAGACCGACGGACAGAGCCCGGUGCCAGGGGGGCGGUGCCGCCGGGGGGGAGGGGCUUGGUUGGGGGGCGGGAAUCCUUGACCCUAAACCUCUCCCUGUGUUGGGGUGCGACCCCCACAUCUCCUUUAGCCCCCGGGAUUUGGGGGGCCGGGGGAGGGGGAGCUGGAGGCAGAGGAGGGUGUGGGGGGACCCCCUGUCUCCCAGAUCUACCCCCCCCGGCUGGGAUCUACCCCCCACACCUCAGAUUCACCCCCCAUUUCCCGGGUGCGGGGGACGACAAAAAGCUUUUCUCCCCUUCUGAACUCGGAGGUGAAAACUUCCGUGUUUCGGGGGUGGGGUUGCCACGUGGCGGGGUUCCUGAGAUUAUAAAGUGGGGGUGUUCCUCCCCCCCUCGUCCAGUCCGGAGGGGGAGUUCAACACUGGGAAUCGAAAGGGGAAGUGUGGGAGGAGGGAGGGGCUAUGCUCCCCCGUCACCCUCCCACUCAGAAAUCCAGUUGGGACCCCCACACACAGCCCCUGACUCCCCCACCCCCAGCCCCCUCAAACAGCCCUGGUGGGUGACUUUCAUUCUCAUGAGCCCCGCAAUCCAAUUAACUGACCCUGAUCCCCCCCCCCUGCUGCCACCCAUUUAUUUUAAAUCCCUGAUUUUUUUAAACGUUGGCCCUCCAAAAUAACCCAAUUUUGGGGUGUGUGAAAAUUUUAAAAAACUUUUCCCUCUGGAUACCCCCUAUUCCCCAGGAUCCCCCCCUGGGGCACAAUUCCAGCCCCCCCCCUCCUUCCCCUGCCCCAGGACUCCCAUCACACCCCCGGGUGCCUCACCUCUGGCUUUGCCCCCUUCUGGGGGCAGCGGGGGGGGGCGUUAAGAACCUGGGAAACGGGGCAUCAGAGCUAGAGAGGAGGUGCCUGGAUCCCCUGAUUGGAGUGCGAGGGGGCGGGCUGCCUUUGGAGGACAGGGGAAGGGAGCUCCAGGGGAGCGGAGCAGGGCAUGGAGGAGGUUUUCGGGGAGGAAGGGGAGUCGGCCGCCCCUGCGCUCUGCGAGGAGAUGGUUUCGGGGCUGGCUGCAGGGCUCUAUGGAGAGCUGGAGCGUCUAGUGGGGGCCUACGGGCGGGGGGCAGUGGCCGGGCUGCUGCCCCAGCUGGUCUCAGUGCUGGAGGCUCUGGAGCGAGCCGGGGGGCAGAUCCGGGAGCGGGACGAGGCGCUGGAGCUGCUGCGGGACGACCAGCUCGGGCUCCUGGGCCAGUACGAGCGGGAGCGGGCCGGGCGCAAGAGAGCCGAGGAGCGCUACAUGGAGCUGGAGGACGUGGUGGAGCAGGAGCGUAAGGGGCACAAGGCAGCACUGAGCCGGCUGGACGGGCAGAGCCGGCGGCUGGAGGAGAAGGCCCGUAGCUACGCGGACCAAUUGGCCAGCCUGGAGGAGCAGAAAGCCGCCUUGCUCAAGGAGCUGUCAGCCCUAGGCCAGACCCACGGCAAGAUGGUUCAGCGCUACAAGGAGCUGAAGGCCCUGACGGUGCCGCCCCCUGCCCCAUCGACCCCCCGGCCUAGCGGUGUGGCAUCAGCCCCCCACUGGCCUCCCCUGUUUCUCCCCAGCACCUCGGACCCCGGCUGCUCCGAGCCCCCCAAGGGCUCUGCAGAGGCUCCGGGCCCAGCCCCGGCGGAGGGGACCCCCGAACCCCAGCAGGAUGGGGAGGGGCCCACCAGGAACAGCCACCCGCUGGCUCAGGAGCUGCCCCUGCCCGCCAGAGACGGCUCCCCGCAGAGGUGCCAGGAGUUGGCCGAGAUCUUGAGCUCCACCCCGGAGCUGGAGCCCACUCCAGAUCUGCCAGCCAGUCCCCCAACCCCGCAACGCAACAUGGAGUCGCUGUUCGCCGAGGUGUCGGGCCUGAGCCUCGAGCUGCUGGGGGAUGUGGACGAAGGGGCUGAUCUGCAGGGUGACGCUGUGCAGACCCUGAUGAUGGAGAACGCAGAGCUCCGGGAUACCAGGCUGGUGCUGGACACUGCGCGCCGACACCUCAUUGCCCGGGUGGAGGAGCUGAUGGGCGAGCGGGAGUCACUGCGGGGGGAGCGGGACGGGGCCACCGAGGCCCUGAGCCGCUGCCAGGGGCGUCUGCGUGAGACCGAGCAGGAUCUGAGCAGGAUUCGGCAGGAGCUGGAGGAAAUCAAGAAGCAAAACAGUGACGAUGCUGAGGUGGAGGCCCAGGCCUCGCAGCGGAAGCGGUUCACGCGGGCGGAGAUGGCGCGGGUGCUGACCGAGCGCAACCUGUACAAGGAGCGGCUGAUGGAGCUGCAGGAGGCCGUGAGGCGCACGGAGAUGCUCCGAGCAUCUCGGGAGGUCCAGGCGGCUCAGAUGAAGAAAUCGUCCUUCUGGAAAUUCUUCGACCGGCUCUUCAGCACCAGCGACUUCCCUGAGCGGGUCCCGGCGUCGCCCCCGGUGUCUGAGCACCGGGGCAAUGGGGGCAGGGCGCCCCCUGCUGUGAGGUACCUGCCCCGUCCCGCCUCCCCCACAGACACGGGGGAGCCCCCCAAUCUCUCCCCCCAGCAGCAGAAGCGGGACCUUUACCGCCAGAUCCGCUCCCACAUCUGGAAGCAGCACGGCCGGGCCCCGGUUCACGGCUGGAGCCCCCCGGCCGUCCCCCAGGUUCGGGUGGAGCAGGCUGAGGGCCAGGAUCUGCCCAGGCUGGCGCAGCUGCGGCUGCUGGACCAGAAAGAUCCCAGCACCAAGCUGUGGUGUGCCGUCGGGAUGGGGGUGCCUAGGACGGACGGUGACGUCUCGGGGGCGCCCUGGCCUGCCCCCCCCAGCCUGCUGUGGGUCUGCUCUGGGACACACUCGGCCAGCGAGGUCACGGUGAUGGACGCUGCCCGCGCCAACCUUGUCCUGGCGCAGUUUGUGCUGCCCAACGCCCAUGUGCUGUGUGCCGCCUGGCUGCCCGGUCACCGGCCACUCAGUGCCGAGAGCACAAAGCUGGAACCCGAGAUCCUGGAAGACCCCUUGGCCCCUGACCCCCCAGAGCUAGAGGAGGAGGCGGGGACCCUGGACGCGGACAGUGAUGCCAUUGGCACCAUGGACACUGUCUGGCUGGGCACCCAGGAGGGCAGCAUUUCCAUCUACUCGGCCGGUUCCGACUGGCGCCGGUGCCUGCGGACGGUGCAGCUGAAGGACGCCGUACACAGCGUGGUCCACGCCCAGGGCCGCGCGGUAACUGCGCUGGGGAAUGGGACGGUUGCCGUCUUCCACCGGGACGCCGCCGGCCGCUGGGACCUGGGGCGCCCCCGGCUGCUGGACCUGGGGCGCCCCCGCCAGUCCAUCCGCUGCGCCCUGGCCGUGGGGAGCCAGGUCUGGGUCGGCUACCGCAACCGGGUCUAUGUGAUGGAGCCGCGCAGCGCCAGGGUCCAGCGGUACUUUGAGGUGACCGGGCGCCCCGAGAGCCAGGUGAGGCACAUGGCGUUGGCGGGCGACGGAGUCUGGGUCUCGGUGCGGCUGGAGCCCACCCUGCGCCUCUUCCAUGCAGCCACUGGCCAGCCCCUGCAGGAGAUCGACCUGACACCCUUUGUCCACAGCAUGUUUGGCCAGAACACUCUGGGUUUCUCCCUGCACGUCUCGGCCCUGGGCUGCUUCUCCCAGCGGCUGUGGAUCGGCACGGCCAGUGGCACUGUCUUGACCGUGCCCUUUGCUCCGGAGUUCUCAGGGCGCUCAGAGGCCUCCCCGGCCGCGGGGUCCCAGCCUGGCCCGUCGUCCGCCAGCACCCCCUACUGUGCGAUGGAGAGUGCCCAGGCUUCCUACCACGGGCACCGUGAUGCCGUCCGGUUCUUCGUCUGCGUCCCAGGCUGCCUUAACCCUUCGCUGGCUGGGAGCAAUGAGAGACGUGAGGAGGGAGCUGGGCAGAAGCAGCCCACGGCUUUGGUGCUGAGUGGAGGAGAGGGGUAUAUCAACCUCCGGAUCGGAGACGACACGGACGAUCAAUUUGGGGACCUCUUGGUGCCCAAUCCCCGUCUGCGCCGCUCGGAGCGCAGCCACCUCAUUGUGUGGCAGGUCCGGGCCUGAGGCCGGGGUGAUGGGUGCAGAUGCUGGGCCCGGCCUGCCCUGUGAGCCACCGUGUCCCCCCCCCAUCACACCCAGAUACCAGCUCCAGUCCUGGGGGGGUGGAUCCUUCCAGCUCCUGAUGGUGGGGGUGUGGGGGGGCUGAGUUAACCCCCUGCUGCCCAGGGUGAGGAUGAGGCCAUCACCCGAGUUGCUGGUGUUCUCAGUGGGGGGGGGGGCGGGGAUUGGUCUGUCUCCCUACAGCCCCCCUCCCCACUCAUCUACUGGAUCUUCCCCAUGUCCCUGUGCAGCUGCUGCCCUGUCCACAGUUCACGGCUAGUCUGAGACCCGCUCUGACAGAACCCCCCCUCCAGUUCCCUGCCCCCACCUCACCAGAACCCCUGGCCCUGCCCUCUUGCCCAACCCCCUCCCCCCCUUGCCCUGCACCCUGCCAGACCAGCCCCUCCUCCCUCUCCCCCCACCCCUCCCCUCAUGCCUUUAUCCCCCCAUCACAGCUCUAUCUGUCCCACCUCCCGGCCCUCCCUCACAGCAGGGGGGGCCCACCUCCGAGCCUGGCUCCCGUAGCGCAUCUGUGCCUUUAAAAGGGGGCGGGGCCACUGUCACUCAGGAGUAUAGAUGGCAGCUGCCUUCAGAAAUAUUGUUUACAAGCUCCGCCCUCCCGUUCAGGACCCUUCCACUUCUCAGGGCCCCUCCCCUCUGGCUGCACUGACUCCGCCCUCCCUGGCAGGCUUCGCCCACAUCUCAGAGCCCCUCCCUCUUUUGUCUUUUUACAUGCAAAGCGGGUGGGGAAGGGUGGAGUCUCAGGGCCCUUGGGUUCGAUCUCUGGCUCUGUGCCUCAGUUUCCCUUCUGUACACGGGGGCAUUGGAUCCUCUGCCCCUGAAACCGCCCAAUGAAAUCCAUUCUGACCUUAAGCGUUGGGGUGGGGUGGGGGGGUCUCCCUGUACCCCCCCCACCGGGGACACACGGGGGGCAGGCUAUGCGGGCUUCCUCCCUGCCCUCCUUGCACUAAGUUCCCCCAACACAGCUCCUGACUGGGGUUAUGCCAGCUGCCCCCAACCCCUCAGGGCUUCUCUGCCUCAUGGGGGGCGCAGGCAUGGGGCGCCCCAUUGCUGCUACACGCUCAGGGUUGGGCUCUGUCCCGUCUGUCUGUGUGUCUGAGCCGCGGUGCCCCCGGCAGCAUCUGGGGAUCUUUCUAUGGGACAAUUUCUAAUAAAGCUUUAUUUUU